UUGAAGUGUUGUAACGUCACACCGAAGCAACCUUUAUUACGUGCCUGCUGUACUUGUGGAUAUCAAGUUUUACCAUGAAUUUUGUCCACGGCUUUCUGUUUUUGUUUUGCAUCUCGGUAUUUGCUGAUACGGAUAAGGAUGCAAACCGUUCUCCUCUUAUAACAUCGCACACCCGUCAGAACUACCCACAGUCUUGCGAAAAUGCAGUAAACAAGCAGAUUACGUAUGAACUUCGAGCCUUUCGUUUGUAUAGGAGAAUGUCCUACUAUUUUGACCGUACCGAUGUUGCUCUUCCUGGUUUUCACAAGUUCUUCAAAAGAGCGUCAAACGAAGAGCUCGAACAUGCUGACAAACUGAUGAAAUAUCAAAACCAACGAGGAGUCGAUCAGCUCUACGAAAACACCUGCGUCAACAUCAGUGAGAAACCAUCUCAGAGAUGGAACACUGUCACCGAGGCCAUGGAAUUAGCUCUGCAGGAGGAGAAGAAGAUCAACAAGGCUCUCCUAGAUCUUCAUCAGACGGCUGAAGACAAUAACGACCCCCACCUAGCUGAUUUUAUUGCGUCUCAGUACCUGACCGAGCAGGUAGACAGUAUAAAGAAGAUGGGAGAAUAUGUGUUGACGCUGAAACGUGUCGGAAGUGGACUAGGUGAGUACAUGGUUGACAGGCUAAUGGAAAAUGACGCCAAGUGACCACCUGGAUGUUAAGAGACACACGAAACUCCUGCUUUUCGUCUGGUUAACUUUUUGUUAUAGUUUGUCCGCGUAGGGAUGUCUACAGUUAAAUACCAAAUGUUGUCAUCAUGCA